GAUACUAGAAAUUAGAAAAGGAAAGCAGCCAAGUCGAUCAUCACAUCACCUGAUCGUUCUUGUGAGCUCGGGUGACAACGUUAAUUAAUUCGUAAGAAACUGCGGCACCGGCAGUAGCAUCAAUGGCACGGGGAAGCGCCGCCGCGCCGGGGCUGCUGCUGGCGCUUUGCUGCGCGGCUGCCGCCAUCGCCGUCGUCCACGGCGAGGAUUGGGCCGUCGGCGACAACAAGGGAUGGUCCUUCGGCGUCGCCGGCUGGGAGAACGGCAAGCGAAUCCAGCCCGGCGACGAGCUUGUGUUCAAGUAUGACGCGAAGAUUCACAACGUGGUGGAGGUGGACCGGGCCGGGUACGGCGGGUGCACGGUGACCGGGCCGUCCAAGGUGUACAACUCCGGCGACGACCGGAUCAAGCUCGCCGGCGGCGAGGCCUUCUUCAUCUGCAGCAUCCGGGACCACUGCACCGCGGGCAUGAAGGUCAAGGUCGCGGUCACGGCCAACGCGUAGGUCGUACCUAGCUAGACUUGCAUGAUGAUAGUCUCGUCUAGAUUAAGCAGAAUCUAUUCCGACCCUCAUUGAUUAUACUCUAAUAAGUCAAAACCAAAGCUAAAACCAAAAUUGAAUUUUCAACUUAAAUUUGAUGCUGAUUUUAACAUACUUUUAUCAGUGUCCUCUAGUGAGCUCCAAAUUUAAAAACUUUAAAAACGACCGUAAUGAGCCCAAAAUUUUACUUGGGCUGAACUACGAGAGGGAGGUCGCAAUGCGGACAUGGGCUGAAAA